GCAUAUUUGUUUGUUGUGGUCUCUGUCUCUCCUCCCGCCAUCGACGCCGCCGGUUCCUCUUUCGCCAGGCAGCUGCCGUCAUCACUGCUCACCGGCCCAUUAGAAGGCCAAAGCGGCGGCCUCAUCUCGCAAACAGUGUUCCUUCAUCUUGGAAACCGAGAGAAACCUUGUUUUUCAUCUAGAUUUUGGCUGGGAUUACUAGGUUGAACAAUGGUUGAGCUUCUCUUCGAGGAUAUCUUCACUCUGACACGGAUUGAUCCUGAUGGAAAGAAAUUUGACAAAGUUUCUCGGAUUGAGGCACAUAGCGAGCAGUUUGAUAUGCUCAUGCAGCUUGAUGUCAAUACAGAAGUGUAUCCGAUGAGUGUUGGGGAUAAAUUUACUAUGGUGUUAGCUCCAACUCUGAGUCUUGAUGGUACUCCUGACUCUGGCUUCUAUGUGCCGGGAGGGAGGAAGUCACUUGCAGAUAAAUUUGAGUAUGUCAUGCAUGGGAAGCUCUACAAGAUUUCGGAAGAAAGUUCUAGUGGACCUGAUGUAAAAGUGGAGAUUUAUGCUUCAUUUGGAGGACUGUUGAUGAUGCUCAAAGGGGAUCCCUCCAAUGCAGCUAACUUUGAACUGGAUCAAAGAUUGUUUCUAUUGAUGAGGAAGGUCUGAAGAAGAUUUCACUCUUGUAACUGCAGGAAUCUGAUCCAUCCGAAAUUAAAAUUUUAGAUACCGGUGUGUUCGUGGUUCUCCAUGGUUGUAUGUAGUACUUGUUAAGGAAAAAAGAAUAGAAUUUGCAUGGGUAUGUAUGUUUGAAAUUUCGGUUUAAUGCUAUGGACUUAUAAUUUCCACUUCUUGUGUCAAUUAUUGAAAGUGGAUUGAAUUUA